AUGCGCCGGGCGAGGGGGGAGAUAGAUUUGGCGGACCUCGGGAUCGGGGAUCUCCGCACCAAAAGGGCGGCAACCGGCGCCCUGGUGUUGGAGGUCUCCGGCCCGGAGGGUCACGCAAAGGCCGACGCGCUUGCCGGCAGAAUGAGGAGCCUAUUUGCCGAGGAGAAAGAAGUGCGCAUCGCGCGCCUGGCGAAGAAGACCGAGCUUCGGGUCCGCGACCUGUACGACGCGGUGACGAUGGAAGAUGUCGUUACCGCCAUCGUGUCGUCUGGGGGAUGCGGGCCCGAAGAUGUGAAGGUCGGGGCAGUUCGCGCCGGGGCCAACGGGCUGGGCACCAUGUGGGUGCAGUGCCCGUUGACCUCGGCCAAGAAAGUUUGGACGGUGGCCGCCUCCGUGUGGGGUGGACCACCGUCCGUGUGGAGGCCCUCGCGAGGCGCCCGCUGCAAUGCUACAGAUGCAUGCAGCGGGGCCACGUGA